ACUGCCGGGCAGGGAAGCAGCUGGAUGAACGCUAACCGUGACCUGCAAUUAUUCAUAUUCUGUUUUUAAUAUGCAGGCAAGCCGGUUUUUACUGGCGUUAAAGUUAAUGCUAAACGGUGCACACGCUGUUUUUAAACGCCUGAGAGGAAAUAUAAGUUUGCUAACUUAGCGUUAGCUUAAUGCAAGUAAGUAGUUAGCUUGGGGGCUAGCUUGGUAGGGGAUAGCAUCUCAACCGCUGCAUCUCUUGUUUGCAAUGGACGUUUGACUGUCGCGAAAAUUUCACUACUCAUCGACGGACGCUUCAUUACAAAUGUUAAAUCAACUAUGACAGUGAAUUUGUCUGUUCGAGCAACAUGGCACAGGUUUAAGUAGCUGUGGUGUUUGUUAGUAAUGUUAGCUCGCAGAGUCCAGGUCAAGUCAGGAAAGGUUUUCACCGCUGCACCGACCCCCCAAACCAGAUACUGAUUUAUAAUGUUACAAUUCGGUUUUUAAGGAGUGCAAAAGGAGUCAGACAGCGCUGCGUAGGACCCAACCGGAACUUCUAGCAACCUUUUUGUGCUUUACUUCUCUCGUGACACCAGCUAUGGCUGUAUGGAUGCCUGAAGGAGAAUGAGAGUGCGCUUGGGAGGCAGAGGAUGCCACCAUCUUUCACGGAAGACUGUCCAGCUUAAUAUAUCGAUUAGCUGACCAACAACUACUGGAGAGGACCGGGAGUCUGUGUGAGAAGCUCCCUGUCGACUUUUAAAAAUAUUGUUUCGUCCGGCUCCUGUGUCCCAUGGAUGUCGUUAGUGGUGUAAACAUGCUGCCCCAGCUCGGAGACGUGGCACUGGCGGCUCCAGGUGGAGCAGGGAUACCCGCUGUGUCCUUUACCAACACUUCGGUGUCAUCCAGCCCGACGCCAGGUACGGAUAACCGGGGGUGCGAGAAUGGCGCCCUGAUGGACUCGUUUGGGAUUUUCCUGCAAGGACUCCUCGCUGUGGUGGCUUUCAGCACGCUGAUGUUGAAACGCUUCAGGGAGCCAAAACAUGAGAGGAGGCCUUGGAGGAUCUGGUUCCUGGACACCUCCAAACAGGCCAUUGGGAUGCUCUUUAUUCACUUCGCUAACGUGUACUUGUCAGAUCUCACAGAGGAGGAUCCUUGCUCACUAUACCUCAUUAACUUCCUGUUGGAUGCUUCUCUGGGCAUGUUGCUGAUCUAUGCUGGGGUGAGAGCUGUCAGUGCUAUUGUAGAGUGGAGGCAGUGGGAGUCUCUGCGUUUUGGAGAAUAUGGAGAGCCAGUGCAGUGCACAGCGUGGUUGGGCCAGUGUAUCCUCUACAUCCUCAUCAUGAUGUUUGAGAAAGUCCUUAUUAUGCUGGUUCUCCUCAUCCCCCAGUGGAAGAAGCUGGCCCUCCUCAACCCCAUAGAGAACCCUGACCUGGAACUGGCCAUCGUCAUGCUCAUCGUUCCGUUCUUCGUCAACGCCCUCAUGUUCUGGGUGGUAGAUAACUUCCUUAUGAAAAAGCACAGGACAAAAGCAAAACUGGAGGAAAGAGAGGAGGACUCACGAGGGAACAGCAAAGUGCGCUACAGACGAGCUCUGUCCCAUGAUGACUCGGAAUCAGAGAUCCUUUUCUCAGCAGACGAUGAAAUGGAUGAGUCUGAUGAGGAUGAUGUUCGUCGACUCACUGGGAUGAAGACGGUGAAAAAGAAGAAGCUUCGCAUGGGGAUCCCUGUUUGACCUGCGUGCCUAGCUAAACUGCUACAACUUCCUCUGAGUCCUCUCAACUGUUGAACCUACAGGACUGCAAGCAGCACACUGCAACAUCCUUCUAAUAUCAGCUCAGCCAUUGUUGUCGGUCUGUAGACACAAGACUGCAGUCUCAGUUUGUUUGUGACUGUUUUACUGAUGUGAUGCUGACUGUGUGUUCUUUGUCUUUGGUUGUCUUUUGUCUAAUGUUAAGUUAUGGGUUUUUUUUAUGUUUUGAGUGUUGUUUUCGGGCCAAAAAGGUGACUAUGCUAGUUCCAAAAGUGUUCUUUAUUCCUUCAAUCCAACGGGGAGAGUAGAUAUGGGAACCAUUUCUUGCACAAUUUCCCAUUUAUCACAAUUUUCAUUUUUCCUGUUGUAUUUGAGUGAUUAAUUCAGUUUUUUUGUUACUAUAAUGUGCCUGAGUGAAACUACCAGCAGGUGUUUUGAUUUUUGUCUGUUUGAUUCAUUCUUUUUUUUCUUUAGCGGUUUUAUCCAGAGCUCCAGAUCUUCAGGCAAGAAGCAGCAUUCAGCAGGCUCUGAUGUUAAGAAUGUGACAUGCAUAGACCUCUAAACUGUUAAGUGACUGCGGACCAGACAGUCGGGAGAAAGAGUGUGUGCGUGUGUGCCAGUGUAUAUACACAAUAUUAAUGUAUGUACUGGCCAGUUGCAUGUUUCAGGUGUGCAUCGUUGGUGUGACUGCUGGUUCUCUUUAAAGUAAAUGGAGAGUGACAUAAACUGUGAUUGUGAUGAUUAUGGUAAAGUUGAUCAUUUCUUUAUGAUGUUUUUGGCAUGUUGGCAAGGAAUAAAUGACUGUGCAUUUUAAAGGAAUAAAGUUCAGUAUCUCGCAGCAGUAAUGGGAAUUCUCAGCUCAGCCAGGACAAAGAGGGCUUUUAGUAUUUUGCAAAGUAAAACUACUAGAUGGUCACAAAGGUGAAGAUGGUGGUAAAUUAUCAUUAUAAAUGCUUUUCCAAUAAAGGAUGUGAUAUACUA